GUCGCUUUCUUAAAGAAGAUAAAAAGUUUCAUUGCUUUGAAUAUUUCUUGGCGGAAAAUUGUAAAAUUAAAAUACUUUACGGUACACAUAAGUAAAAUAAGUGUAUUAAAAGUGUAGUUUGGCAUUUGAGAGUGGUAAUAGACGUGAAAGCGUGUGAAAACACUUUUAAUUAGGCUAAGGAAAAUAAAUUUUCAAUUUUUCGGAGCUCAAAAAAAAAUCAUAACAAGAAGAAAAUAAAAUUUGUGCAAGUUAAAAUAAAAGAAAUUCACAAAAAUGAUGGAUAGACAGUUGUCUUUUCAUGGAGACGAGUCUGGAGUAAUUGCCACAAAUGACGAUGCUUCGGAAUCAAAAAGAUCUUGCGUGAAACUGGGUUAUUACCAUGAUGAAUAUUUGCAAAGUUUUGUUAAAAUAUCCGAAAAGAAGGCUCCAGAAAUCAAUCGUGGAUAUUACGCUCGAGUUAAAGGAAUAGAAAUAUGCAUAGAAAAGUUCCUUAAGAAAACUGGCGACAAAUGUCAAAUAAUUAAUCUUGGUUGUGGCUUCGAUACACUUUAUUGGAGACUUCGUGAUGCAAGUCAUAUGGUGCAGAAUUUUAUAGAGCUCGAUUUUCCCACAGUAACAGCAAAGAAAUGCUAUCAAAUCAAAAGAAACAAAGUAUUGUUGGAGAAGAUUAAUAUUGAAGACGGUGAGAUUAAAUUCAGUCCCACGGAUUUGCACGCACCAAAUUAUCAUAUUGUUGGAGUCGAUUUGAGAUCAGUUGAUGAAGUGGCAAACAAACUGAAACAGUCGGAUGUUGAUUUUCAAUUACCAACAAUUUUUCUAUCUGAAUGUGUCCUUGUUUAUAUUGAGACUGCCAACUGUAAUAAUCUACUGAAAUGGAUAGCAUCAAAUUUCACAUCAGCUGCAUUUGUCAACUAUGAGCAAGUAAAUAUGAAUGAUAGGUUUGGUGAAGUAAUGUUAGGCAAUCUUCGUGCUCGAGGCUGUAAUUUGGCAGGCGUGGAAUCAUGUUUAUCUUUAGAAACCCAAAUACUAAGAUUUGUCCAAAAUGGAUUUACAGGUGCCCGAAGUUGGGAUAUGUGCCAGAUUUACGAUAGUUUACCAACAUCUGAGCGGCAUCGAAUUGAAAAAAUUGAGAUGCUCGAUGAAGGAGAAUUACUUGUUCAACUUUUUCAACAUUACUGUAUUACAGUCGCAUGGAAUGGCGAAUUGUUUCAAGACAUUGAAAUAACGGUUGAAAAACGAUUAUCCACAUUAAUGAUCGAUUAGAUUCAACAACAAUUAAAAUUUAUGACUUAACCAUUUAUUGUUACUUGCAAUAUUAAUUUCAUCCUUUGGUUCCUUUUUUCCAAAUGAAACCCUCACAAAAUUUCCUUAAAAUUUUCAACAAAAAAAAGCUAAAGUUUGUUCCUUUUAUCAUUUAAUUGAUAGCAAUUUGAUGGCUACAAAUGAAAAAUCUACUGUAUUAAUUUCGUUUUCGACAAUCAAAUUUCACUGCAAAAAAAGAAAAGAGA